GAGCACACCAUGGAUCGCAUCGAAAAUAUCUCUGAGGCUCUUGCCUCGGCGACCAUGGACACCACCGACAAAUCGGAUACCGUGGUCGCCGCUGAGUCGGCUCCCACCACCACCGCUGCUCCCUCUGACGCACCCACCGCUCCUUCAGCUGCGCCCACGGAGAAACCUAAGAAGCAGCAAAAGGAAGCAAAAGAAAAGAAGGUCGCCGCCAAAUCGAAGCCGCAACAAGGCGGCGGUGCUGCGAAAAAGGCAGGCGACAGCGGCGACACCAAAUCCAUCACGGAGCCCAAAUCCGGCGACCUGUCGGAAUGGUACCAGCAAGUGAUCCUCAAGGGUGACAUGAUCGACUUUACCGACAUCCCAGGUUGCUAUAUCUAUCAGCCAGCGUCAUACCGGAUAUGGGAGUUCAUCACCGAAUACUUCAACGACAAGAUCCGCGCCAUGGGUGUGAAGAACUGCUACUUCCCCCUGUUCAUCUCAGAGGCCAACUUGCAGCGAGAAAAGGACCACAUCGAAGGGUUCGCUGCUGAAGUCGCAUGGGUGACCGAGGGCGGCAAGUCGAAGUUGGAAAAGCGUCUCGCCGUUCGCCCGACCAGUGAGACGGCCAUGUACAGCUUCUACAGCAAGAAGAUUCGCUCGCAUCGCGAUCUCCCGCUCAAGUUGAAUCAGUGGAACAACGUGGUGCGAUGGGAGUUCAAACAUGCCGUCCCGUUCCUGCGGACGCGAGAGUUCCUAUGGCAGGAGGGUCACACGGCACACUUGACCGAAGAGGAGGCUGGUAAGGAGGUAUUGCAGAUCCUCGACUACUACGCCGCCAUCUACGAGGAACUCCUCGCGGUUCCUGUUGUGAAGGGAGUCAAGACAAAGAACGAGCAGUUCCCCGGCGCACACUACACAACCACCAUCGAGGGCUUCAUCCCCGCCGUCGGCCGUGGUAUCCAGGCCGCCACCUCUCACUGCCUCGGACAGCAUUUCGCCAAGAUGUUCGACAUCACCGUCGAGGAUCCCAACCAACAAAUCGAAGCCGGAGGCAAACGGGACAAACUCCACGUCUGGCAGAACAGCUGGGGAUUCACCACCCGCUCCAUCGGAGUCAUGAUCCUGAUCCACGGCGACGACAAAGGCCUCGUGAUCCCUCCCCGCGUCGCCGAGAUCCAGGUCGUCAUCGUCCCCGCCGGCAUCAACGCCAAAACCACCGAACAGGAGCGCACGCAGCUCUACGCCGACAUUGAGAAGAUCCGCUCCACCCUCGUCACCGCCGGCGUCCGCGUCGAAGCCGACCUCCGAGAAGGCUACACCCCGGCCUUCAAAUGGGCCGAGUGGGAGCUCAAGGGCAUCCCGCUGCGGCUGGAAUUCGGCCCCAAGGACUCGGCCAACGGCGUCGUGGCCACCGCACGCCGGGACAUCGACGGCAAGCCGGGCAAGGGCAGCCUGCCGCUGUCGGAGCUCUCCACCGGCGUGCCCGCGCUGCUGGAAACCAUCCAAAAGGAGAUGUUCGCGCGCGCCGACGCCGAGUACGCCGCGCACCGCCGGACCGUCACGGAGUGGAAGGACUUCGUGCCGACGCUCAACGACAAGAACGUCCUCCUCGUGCCCCACUGCCUCGGCGGGCCCUGCGAGGACCAGAUCAAGGCGGACUCCACGGGCCACGCCGAGGGCCAGACCGUCGACGCCCGCGCCCCGUCCAUGGGCGCCAAGAGCCUCUGCAUCCCCGCGGAACAGCCGCCGGCGUGGAAGGAGGGCCAGCUCUGUGUCAACCCGAAGUGUGGGGAGAAGGCGGUGAAGUGGGUCAUGUUCGGACGGAGUUACUAGAUGGGUUUGGGGGGGGGGGAUUCAAUUGAGAAGCUGGUUGAGGAUGUGAAGCGUGCCGGAAUCGCGUUCUUGGAGGGGGAAAGGGGGCAGCGGGGCUUUGUUUUUUUAUCCCUGGCGGUGAUCGAAAGGCAACGGAGGCGAAGUG